AUGGACAGGCCACGCAGCAAGGAAGAAAUCUCCAAGAAGCUGCUAUUGGGGAAUUUUGGACCGGUCGAGAGGAAGAGGAAGGCCAAAGCUAAGAAGGAAAGACGCGGUCAUGAAGGAAGGCGAAGGCUCAUUGAGGAGGCCAGCCAGGGUCCACAUCAGGCUGAAAUGGACAGUUGCAGAAAUGUGAAGUUGGAAGAACAAGAAUUAGGCGUUUCAUUUAAAUAUCAGCUGAAGAAUGGAACUGAAAUAACCGGAGUGAUGAGGACGAAGUGGCAAAAGGAAGAAGGAUUAGUUAGAGAAAGAAUAAGGACUAAGAAGGCGGAGGACAAAGAGACCGCCCUUGGAAGCUAAUGGAGAAGCGUCCUCCUAGCCAGAUGGAACACGUCCCAUAAAGUACCAUCGCGAUGUGUCUUUUUUACGAUCUUCCUCUUCAGCUCUUCAGGUGCCCCAUUCACUUAGCUCUUCGUCUUUUGCACUCUAGAAAUCAAACGUCCAAGUCAAGACUGACCGUUUGACCGUUCUGGACGUCAGAGGAUUCAAAAAAAGACGUCAUAAUGUGUAAGACAAGUAUCAACAAUAUUCCGUGGUACAGACCCCUUUUUAAUAAAAAUCAUUAACAUCA